CCAGUAAAGAGCAUCACAGCAGACCAGACGGCCUCCUAACAGCUCUCAUACAGGACUGCAGCAGGACUUUAAACAUUUGUUCAGGAUGAACAGAAAACCACAGGAGGACAUUGAGGCAAUCGAAGAAGAAGAAGACGAUAACUAUGUUAAUGUACCAGCCUGGACUGUGGAUAAAGUGGCAGCCCCUCCAGACCAGAGGUCUCUCUUCUUCACUCAGUCUUUUCUACCAGUAGCAGUGUGUUGGCUGAUACUGUUAGUCAUCAUGGGCCUUCUUAUCUACCUUACUUCUGUCAUAUCUGAAAAAGACGCCAAGCUGACGGCAGAAAUCCAGCAGCUGGAGACACUGAUGCAGCAUCUGAAUUUAUCCAAAGACAACGAGACUCUACUGGCUGCCAUUCAGCACCUGACAAACCUCAACGACAAACUGAGCUCAGACAAUGAGAAGUUGAGGAGGGACUACGACGAUCUGACUGCAGUAAACCAGCAGCUGGAGACACAGAGGAACAACUGUGCUCAGUGGAGCGUUGAUGUCUACUGCCCCAAAACAAAUAAUGUUUCAGAGAGACGGUGUAAAGCUUGUCAGGAGGGCUGGGAACUCACCGGGCCCAGCUGCUAUGAGGUUCAUGAUGUUAAGUAUCCUGAUCGGAAAACCUGGGAAGAAGCUGAAGAAGACUGCAGAGGAAAGGGUUCACAUUUGGCUGUUUAUACUCAAGAGGAAGAUGGCGUAAUCAAUAAAUACAGCCCGAAUAGUUCAGGAACUGAUGGAUACUGGAUCGGCCUGAGAGCUGAAGGUGGGAUGUAGGAGUGGGUCGAUGGAAGUGAUCCAACUGUAAAUGACUGGACACAACAAAAUCCUCCUACUGACGGUCAGUGUGUAAUGUCUGUCCAUGAGGAAGAAUGGAAAUCAGUGAGCUGUGCUGAGAAAAAAUGAUGGAUCUGUAAAAUGAAGGCUCUAUCUGUUUAAACACUGCAGUCAGACUUGAGAAGGUUACUGGAUUCUCUGCAUGAUAAUGUCAACUGGCUUAUGAAUAUUAAAUGUGUGUUUGUGCUCUGUGUGUUUCUCUCUGCAUCUUUGUUAGAGAUGCAGUGAUUAAAGGUUUUAUACCAGAUUGAUGAAAGGGAACAACUUCUUUAGGAUGUAGGAUGGAUGGCUUUUUUGCACAAGUAUAGAAAAUGGUAAAUUAGCAUAGCUCUUUGAGUAGGCUAAAUGUUUACUGUACAUUUGUUUUUUUAAUUGUUUUAACCCUGUGCUUGUUUUGGGUCUCUGUUGUAACUCUUGCAGCAAUGUCUCCCUGUGACAAAAACGAAUUUCUCAUUGGGGAGACCAAUAAAGAUACUUUGACUUUGA